UCUGCGCAGGACUGCAUUUCACAUAAAAUAAUACCUGAAAACACCCGCACCCGCCAAUAUGAUCGUAUUCCUGUUAGGGCUGACAUCUUUUAUCAUCCGCGAACACAGACGGAGCAGACGGCGCAGCGUAGAAAUACACACGCAACUCGGCCCGGGCCUGACGAGCGUGGUAGACCACCAGACUCAGGUCGACGCAGCGACCAUCAGAUCGGAACUUGAACUUGACGAAAUAACUACAACCGACAAAGAGACACAAACAUAUGGAGUCUGGUGGGCCCCAGUACUUGAAAGAAUCUACCCGCUCGUUGGCGGAAGAGUGCUGAGCGCUAGGGACACCACCCCUAAAUUCCAGUACGCAGGGCGAGAUUCGGAAACAGAGGUUCGGCUCCGGCCUAUUGAUUUGGAAGGUCAAAUUUCAGUCGAAAUUGUGAGCCGCGGUGUCGGGACUCAUCGUUGUCGCCGAACACAGUACCGGGCUUCCGAUAUUGAUAUGAGCGUAAUUCGCGAUGAAAUUCGUAGGGGUGGCGUUGAGUACGACGCCUUCAUGACUCCGGAUGGGUGGAUCCAGGGUUACCGCUGGUUAUCUCAUUCGGAACAUGACGGCGAGGACGGUACUGACUGAAAUUGAGCCGGUAUCGUCACUACAUACAGACGUACAUGACGUAACAUGCGGCUAGACACACACAAACACUCACUAUACUUACUAGUAAUACACCGGCCCACAGAAAAUAUACAUAUUCUACAUCUAGGUACAUACAUUAGUUCUCCCCCCUCCCCACUACGAUCACGAAAAAUGACAAACAUCAAAAAAUGCCUCACCAGAAUCAAGUAAGCAUUUGGAGGCCUUGACUGAGUCAAGAUUGUUUGAAGAAAGAUAUUUGAUGCAGUGAACAAGAAAAUGAAGGCAGCAAAACCUGCCCGAAAACCUGAUGGAGGGCAACAAGAGCAAAAAGAAAUCCAUGUGCAUGAAAAUCUG